AUGAAUAGAAAUGAAGAGAAGAUGUUGGGGAUAUUACGCCACAAAACGAAGAUUUAUACAGAUAUGUUGACAAAAAAUGUGGACGAUACCAUAGAUAGUACUAAGAUUCUUACUAAACAUUGGGAAAACAUAUUGUCUGAAUAUAAUGACACAGAUUUGCAUAAUCAAAUUUUGUCCUGCCAAAGAUCUCUAACUAUACAAAUGGAAUUUAAAGAUAAAAUAAUAGAGAAAUURCAAAACGAGUUGGACGAAUGCAUAGAAUAUCGUUGUAGAAAUGGUCAAAGGAAUUUGGAAUUGGUUAGUACAACAUUAGGUGCAUUUAAAAAUGAAAUUGAAGAUAUACAUCACCAGUAUCAGGCUGAAUUAGAAUUAGAACUACCUGUAGAUUUGGCAGAACUAGAGGUCAGGAUAAAUGAGAACGACWCGUUUUGGAAGAUGCUAAAAUAUGAUAGCAAAGUGGUACAACUUGAAAUAGAUAAGUGGAAAUCUAAAAUUCAAAACAAGCACAUUGAAAAUAUGGACAUCGAACGUGGGAGGUUCGAAUCAAUUAUGAAUAAAUUUUGUUGGAGGGACUACAUAAUGCAUUACACUAAUAUGAAGGAUGUAUAUUCUUCUGUUUUGGAUGAUUAUGUAAAAAAAACUCAAAAUAUGACUAAAGAAUACUCGAAAUUUAAAUCAUUGAACGAUCAAUUAAUAAUUACUACAAAAAAAUUAAAAAUUCGAAUUAAAGAUUUAUUAAAUAAAAUAAGUACCUUGGAAAAAGAAACAGGCAAACCUAAAUUAUUGAAGGAAUUAAAUAUAUUGAUACAAAAAAGAGAUGAAGCACAAGAGGGUUUGAAACUUUUCAGAAACAAAGUCGCAAAUAAUUUUAAGCUCGGCCACAAACAAAAGUCACUUCUUUGCCAAUCUACCAAACAAAUAAUUAGCAAUUUAAACAUUAAAUUGAAGAUGGGUGAAGAUAUAAUGAAAUGUAUCCACUUAUGUCAAGAAUUGGAAACAUCCGAUGACAAAGCGAAUAUAAUUCCAAUAUUCAAUGCCUGUGAACAAAUAGAAGAGCCAGAUCAUCAAUCAAUAUUACAAGAAGUAUUGUUUAAUAUUCAGUAUCGUGUAUCAUCUGUAAAGAUCGAAUGUAAAAUGAUAGACGAAAAGAACGAAAAAUUACAACAUGAGAAUAAUGAUCUAAAUGAAAAAAUACGCAACUUUAUGAAUCAAUUAAAAAAUAUAAACGAAAAUAGAUGA